AAGUCAUGUACUAAUGCCCUGGUUGAGAACCCAAAAAAGGCUCAAAGGAAGAAAAAAAGUGUAGUGUCACAUGCCACUGCAGCUGAGAAUCCUCCACCAGCUCCACAAUCUGGUAGGAAAAAACCAAGAAGGAACCCUGUGAGGAUGACUCAGACUGAACCAGCUCUUCAAUCUGCAAAUGAUCAUGGAAGUCAAAUACAUAAAGAAAGAAAUUUGAUGUCCACUGAGAAAAUGGUUCAUCUUGUUCGUGGAGGAUCAUCAUCUAGAGGUGGGAGCAACGGCAGUGCCAACCGCAGUGGCAGUGGCAGUGGCUAUGGCAGUGGCAGAGGUCAGAGAGGGAGGGUUCAAAGAGGAAGAGGUCAAAGAGGAAUGGGUCAUACCACUGGCACUCAAGAGAGUGCAGCAAAU